UUCCCGAGCAUGUAUUUGGAUGCCAUUUGUUCACCGUGUUUCAGUGGGUUUGUGUGGUGUUUGUACUGUUACGUUGUUUUCUCUGUGAUAGCUCUGUUGGUUUAAUCAGUUUGUAAGCAGGAAAAUAAUGAAAAGAGUGGCAAAUUAUUCUGAGAGGACAGCAAAAAAACACCACAAUAAACGAUAUUGACAUGAAGAAAGACAUUGAGACGUUGAUAGCACAAGAACGAGCUGAAAUCAUCUCCAAAUAUGACAAGGGUCGGUGUGAAGGGGCACAGAUUGACCCCUGGGAAGAUGCUGAUUUCAAUAUAUACAAAGUCACUGACCGCUAUGGCUUCCUGCAUGAGGAGGAGCUGUCGACACCAAGUGCACUGGAGGAGAAGCAAAAACAUCAAGAGAUCGAAAGAGUGGACAAAUGGCUGAAAAUGAUAAAGAAAUGGGAUAAAUACAGAAACAGUGAGAAGAUGAUGCGGAGAGUCUAUAAAGGAAUUCCCCUGCAUCUACGAGGCCAGGUCUGGUCUGUGCUGCUCGAUGUGGAGAAGAUAAAGAAUGAGAACACAGGAAAAUAUGAGAAAAUGAAACAGCAAGCCAGGCUCUACUCCACAGAAAUCAAACAGAUAGAUCUGGAUGUGAACCGCACCUUUAGAAACCACAUCAUGUUCAGGGAUCGCUUUGGAGUGAAGCAGCAAGCACUCUUUGAUGUCUUGGCAGCUUACUCCGUUUACAACACAGAGGUGAGCUACUGUCAAGGAAUGAGUCAGAUCGCAGCCAUCCUUCUGAUGUAUCUCAAUGAAGAGGAUGCUUUCUGGGCGUUGUCACAGCUGCUGACAAAUCAGAAACACGCAAUGCAUGGGUUUUUUAUUCCUGGAUUCCACAAACUUCUGCGGUUUCAAGCACACCACGACCAGAUACUAUCCAGACUGAUUCCUAAGCUGAAGAAGCACUUGGACAGGGAGCAGAUGUCUACAGGGAUUUAUACCACCAAAUGGUUCCUCCAGUGUUUUAUAGACAGGACCCCCUUUACACUGACCCUUCGUCUAUGGGAUAUCUAUAUUUUGGAAGGUGAACGGAUCCUGACAGCAAUGGCUUACACCAUACUCAAACUGCACAAGAAGAUCCUGUUGAAGAUGUCCUUAGAAGAGCUGCGUGAGUUUCUUCAAGAGAAUAUUGUCAGAUCUUUUCAUUUGAAUGAUGACAUUGUCAUAGAGCAGCUCCAAGCAUCCAUGACUGAACUGCGGAAAAUGAAGCUUGAUCUUCCACCUCCAGCAAAGCCUGAUGAAUUUCCAAAGAAACCACUUGGCCAGGAGAUAGAAGUCUCCCUUAUACCUAUGAAACCACACCAUGCUGCCAAUGGGAAGAAUCAGAUUGCCAGGCCAGAGUCGGUCAAACUCAAAACUGAGGGAGAUCAGGAAAGGAUACUGUCAGAUAACAGCCCUCUGUCACUCAAUGAGAGCAAUUCUAAUACAGUUAAUGGUAAAAACCUACCCAUUCCUUCUCCAGAGCCCAUUCUGGUUCAUGCUUAUAAACCUCACAAUGACUCAUCGCCAGGAGAGCAGCCCUUCACUCUUGCUGCAAGCCAAGUCUAUGUCUCAGAAACAAGCCGGCCUCUGAUUUUGGAAAACCCUAGCAAUUUUUCAGCAAGAGACAAUAACAAGGAUGUUAUUUCAGAAAAGGAGGGUACCCCCUUGUUAGAAAACCUUGCAGGUCCUGCUAUGGAAGGAGGUUUCCAAGCAACAGAGGGGUGCUUUCCUGCCUUAGAGGAAAAAACUAAAGCAGGAGGGAGCCAAGUUGCCAUUCACACAGAGCAACAGCAAGAGCUAAAUGACUGGCCCCCACCGUAUGUACCUGUUGAGACUGAUAGUACAUGCUCUACUGCUCAGGUGGUAGAGAAUGAGGAAUUAUUCAUACAACAGCCAGAAGACUUUGACUUGCCUCCACCCCCAUCAGAAUUGUAUCUUUGUGAUGACUGUUGCACUGCUGUCCUACCUCAAGAUGAUAUUUCUUUCUCAGAAGACCUACCACUGCCCUUGGAUCCAGUUCCCCUCCUAAUUAAGGAGGACUUCUCCGUUCCCCCGCCUAUACCAGAAGACAAUAUGGUUACUCUUGGGGUACCGGAACACUUGGGAGAAAGACGGCCCUCAAAUACAUCUCAUUAUGAUAAUUUGUCAGAAGGGGAAUUUGAGGAUCAGUACUUGGGUAAACUUCUUGAAAUGACUGAUACUGGAUCUCAAAGUGAAAUUGCAGCACAAAGCUCAGAAAUAUCCAACCUUUCCAAACCUCCUGAUGACAGUUCAAGCAUGCCGGCACUGUUGGAAAAAGAGAACUUUGCAAUGUUUCUUCCACCAUUACCACCCCCGCCGCCCCCACCUUUACCCUUUUACCCACCAAAGCAAACAUCUGCAGCUUCUUCUAGACAACCCCCAUUCCUCCAGAUUUAUGAGACCAAUCAAGAUCUGGGCUACACAGGGCAAGAGUGCAGCAGGACUGUUACCAACCAAUCGUCUGUUCAAGUGGAGGUACUGAGUCCAUUUCAAAUAGUCAAAUCCACCACCCCCAUCCAUAUGGCCUACGCCCAGGGGCGCAACCACUUGAAUCAAAAGCAAAUAGCAUUGCCCACCCAGGACGAGUUGAUAGAAAGCUGUAAUGAAGCAGCUAAGCUCUUCAUAGUUGAAGAGGGGGAACCUACACAUUGCUCAAGAGACAUUUCUACUGUGUUAGUGAGAAGGAAGCCUUCUCCCAGCCUAACCUUGCUGCCCCCUGCAGUAAAAGCUAAAUCAGUCCCCACAGCCCAUUCAGAUACAGAAUUCAAUCAGGCACACUCCUCAAACCCCCAGCUUUCUAAAUCAGUAACAUUUUAAAUUACAGCUUGAUGGUAGUGGGCAGACUUUAAAGUUCAUAUGUCACCUAUUUCAAUCUGAUUAUAUUUUAUUAAACUACACUAU